AUGUUGUUCAACAAGGUCUUCGCCAUCUCAGCCGUCUCCACCCUUGCUGCCGCCACAGCCAUCCCACGCACCGACGGUGGAGGUGGUGAUAGUGGUACCGUUUGUUGCCAACAGGUCCAAACGGUAUCGACCGUCGAAUCGGGUCCUUUGGGACCAAUUUUGGCCCUGCUCGGGAUCGUCCUGGGCCCCCUCGACGCCCUCGUCGGCCUUAACUGCAGCCCCAUCACUGUCAUUGGAAGCGGCAACGGUGCCUGCUCUAGUGGAACUACCGAAGUCAAUUGCGCCGACAACAGCCACGGAACUCUUAUUAGCAUCGGAUGUGUUCCCGUCAUCCUCUAA